UUGGCGCGAGGCGUACCGCCCAUGCAUACCGCAGUUUAAAACUAUACCUGUCGCUCAACCGAAACCACAGCCCCACAGCCCCAACAAGGCAGUCAAAUUACAACGAUCAAUGUCGUGCGAUUACGCAGCCCAUAGGCUGAAGGAGCUUUCUAAUUUCGUGGCCACAGAAUAUGAAGGCGUUCUGAAACUGUGGCUCGAGUUAGGAGUCCCGGUGGAUGCCGCAAGAGAGAGAUUCGAUAAGGCGACGGAUCACAUCCGUCAUAUGGUUGCCGACCUGGUCGACGGCGAACAGCGAAUGCGUCAGCAAGUGCUUGACAGUAUCGUCGAUUACAAGAAACAAGCGACGAUGCUUCGGGACCUACUUGACCUUCCUGUGCUGGAGUUAGAUGAGAAUCAGACCCCACUUGCCAAGGAGGAGAUCCUACGUGAAGAACUAGAGCGGCUGGAACACAUGAAAGUGGAAAGACUAAGACUUCACAAACAGCUCCGGCUGUCCGAGCGCAAGCUUUGUCAGAGACUCGCGAUGGCACCGCACGGCUUUGUGCUCAGAGAAGACAGUGUACCAACGGAACAAGAUCUCCGAGAUAUCGAGGUUCAUAUCGGCAUGCUGAAAAAGGAACAGGACAGAAGGACAAAGUUCCUGUCUACUCUCCAUAAGGACAUUCUGGACCUGAUGACACUUUUGGGGGCAUCGCCAGAAAUGGACAGUCAGUUGGACUUGGAAGACGUGUGCCUCACGCAGGAAAGGUUGACACUGGCAAAGUCCCACCUGGCCAAGCUCCAGGUGAUGAAGCAAGAAGCUGAGGAAAAGCGUCGUCGCCUCGUCGAGGAACUGUACCUGUACUGGGAGAGGUUAGAAACCCCCGAGUCAUAUCGUGGAAGCUUUCUGGAAAAGCACCCCAGUCUCAAGAUGUCUGAUAUCGGAGCGCUGGAGGAGGAGUUGAGACACUGUCAGGCUCUCAAGCGCGAGAAGCUGGCACAGUUUGUGGAUCACCUGAAACAGGAACUCCUCACGUGGUACGACAAGUGUGGCAUUCCCGAACGGGGAACAAGACUGGAAGGCGCUGAAUACAACGACAGCUACUUGGAGUCUCUGGAGAAGGAGCUCCGUAUGAUGAAGAGCUUCCACUCUACGCACGAGACUCUUUUUGCCAAAGUGGAGAAGCGUGAGAGACUCUGGUCCAAGCUGAAAGAAUUUGAGAAGCGUGCCAGAGACCCGUCCCGUUUCAAUAACCGUGGGGGUGCACUCCUCCAAGAAGAAAAAGAAAGGAAGAGACUUCAGAAAGAACUCCCAAGGCUGGAAGAUGAAAUCCAGGCGUACAUGGAGAAUGCCAAAGAGACGGAGGAUUCCAUAUUUAAUGUCUGGUGCAAUGGCUUUACUUCUCACAUGGAAGCCCAAUGGGAGGAGUACAAGGAGGAGAAGGAAAAUGAAAAACAGGCGAGACAAAGGAAGCAGCAGGAGACGCCGUUCACCACAAAGGGCACCAAGAGGCCAGCUUCAGCCACACCACUACGCUCUGUGAGCAAGGUGUCCAGAUUGGGCAUGACUGUACACAAUUCUCCCAGGGCGAACACACCUGCAUUCAAGAGAUCCACGCUCAGGAGAUCUAAAGGAAAAACUCAACCUUUGAGGCGCGCUGCAACUAAGGGGACGUCACAGCCUUCCACCUCUAGGGGGUUGUUGAGAGGCGCCAACACUACGUCAAAGAAGCUGCAAGAGACCAGCAUCACAAGCGUGGCCUCCUACAAGGAGUUCCAGGAAGCGCUGGCAGAUCCAAAAGUGGGUGACCCCAUCACCAGCACGUUUGUGCGGUUCACCAGCGAUACAGGAAGUGCUCAACAGCACGAAGAGAGGGAUGUCCCGCAGUACGUUGGUCCCAAAGACUGAACCGAGAAUGCACCGGUCUGCUGUUGGAAAGCAGAUGAGCCUUAAAAGGUGCCCGCGGCAGCUGCAGUUCUGAGUCGACACUGAGUCGCAUUUUUAUAUUGUACAUUUGAGAGCUUUAGAUUAUAAAGGGUUUUAUCUGGUAAAGUAAUGAGUGUAAGUAAUGCCACUUUAUUAAUAAACCUUUGUGGUGGUGUA